AAGUCCAAGCUGCCCAAGACGAUCCAUCCAUAAGAUCUCACUCAGACGGUGUUCCUCAUCCUGCACGUUUCCACUUCCCUUCCGUACUUCCCCCUCCUGCACUGCCCACUCGCCGUCUCACCGAACCCUACUCACCAACAGACCAAGGGGGGAAAAGAUUCUUGUUGAGGCGACUUCGCCGCCAUGGCCGGCGAUCCCCCGACGGCAUCGGAGAAGGAGAACCUCGUCUCCUCCUUCCUAGAGAUCGCCGCCGGCCAGACCCCCGAGACUGCCACCCAGUUCCUCCAGAUGACGAGCUGGCAUCUGGAGGAGGCGCUGCAGCUGUUCUACAUCGACGGCGAGUCCGCCCUCGCGGCGCAUCCGGCGCCCCUACCGGCUGCUGCGGAAGUGGCGGCGGCGGCAGCGGCCGGGGUGGAGGAGGCGUUGAGGUUCGCUCCGCCUCCAGCUGCUGCACUGGGCGAUGGAGUGUUGCAGGGACUUGGGGACGAGGAAGACGUCCGUGCGCCGCUGCCUGUGAAGCGGGAAACUCUCUACGGCGAUGGCCCCGUUGCCAUCCUUCGGCCUAAUUCAACGGUCGCAUUUCGUAACUUUGAAGAUGAGUCAAGGCAAUCUGCUGUUUGGGAGUCUGAUCAGAAUGCUACAUCUAGUUCUCGUGAUAACCUUGCUUCAUUAUACCGUCCACCGUUUACUUUGAUGUUCAAUGGACCCUUUGACAAGGCAAAGUUAGAGGCUUCUGUUCUGGACAAAUGGCUGUUAAUCAAUUUGCAAUCGACAGAGGAAUUCAGCUCUCACAUGCUCAAUCGAGACACUUGGGGAAAUGAAGCAGUGGCCCAGUUAAUUCGGUCAAACUUUAUUUUCUGGCAGGUUUAUCAUGACACCAGUGAGGGGAGGAAGGUAUGCACCUACUACAAUUUGGUGUCAAUUCCUGCUAUUCUCCUAAUUGACCCCAUCACUGGACAAAAAAUACGUGGUUGGAAUGGGAUGGUUCACCCAGACCGUUUGCUCGAGGAUUUGCUGCCUUACCUGGAUAAAGGUCUGAAGGAGCACCAUGCUGCUCAACCUCAAAAGCGCCCUAGGAAAGUUGAUCAGGAAACUUCUAUGGGAAAACAAGGCACAACAACUGUAGUGGAUGAAGAUGAAGAACUAGCACGGGCAGUAGCAGCUUCCCUGGAGGAGAGUAAAGGAGUUGUUGGAGGAUCAGAUGGUACCAAUGACAUGGCUGAACCUGAGGAAGGAAAUGAGCCUAGCUUAAAUUUUAAGCUGGAUUAUCCUCCUCUCCCUGAAGAACCUACAGGAAGUAGGGAUCUUCUCUGCAGGGUUGCAAUUAAGCUACCUGAUGGUCGGAGGAUCCAGAGAAAUUUUCUGCACACAGAUCCUAUUAAGCUCCUGUGGUCAUUCUGCUAUACUCAGGUCGAGGACGGGGAGAAGAGGGCUUUCCACUUUGUGCAGUUCAUUCCUGGAGCAUCCAAGAAUCUGGAGUUUGGAAGUGAUCUAACUUUCAAAGAAGCCGGGUUGGCGAACUCAAUGAUCAACCUUAAGUGGGACUAAGCCCACUUCCAUCUUCCAGCCUUCGUAUUCCUGCAUGUGCUUGAAGAUGGUUUAGCCAUUGUUUCCUUGAGGAUUAACUUAUCAUCUCUUGCUUUCCUGGAGCUUGAUGCCGACGACAAAUCUGUGGCCUGAGCUCAAGUGUGGAAAUGCUCUUUUGCCGAUCGGUCUUAUGUCUAUAAACAUCCCUGGUAGGACGUAGCUCUAUUUAAUGCACAUAUUUAUCAUAGUCAGGUACUGAGUACUGCUGCGUGCAAGGUAUGGUGCUUGUUUUCCUUUGGGUCUUGUCAAAUGCUGAGAGGCAACACUAACGGGAGUGCUACUUUCCCAUGUGCUGAAUGCUGAGUUUAUGGGAAAAGAGGGCGGUGCUCUCCCUCUCCAUCUA